UUAUAGCUGACUUUGUUGUAUUUAACUUUAAGGAUAUAUUAGUAUUCGAGUGGUAAACCUUCUCAUUUAGCGUUGUCAUAUUGAUAACGUUGAUCUGAUGAUACGGUUCUUAGUUGUCGGUGGAGAUUUAUAUGUAUACAGUGAGAGAGCAAUCAUCAGCACAAUGGGAAUAGGACCUUAGUGUUGCUUCGGGAGUGCAUCUGCGUGGAGCACGGUCGCGGCACGUACGAUCCGUUUGACCGCCGGUACUUUCUCUCGCUGAUGGUUUGCGAGUCGAUUACUCAACAAGCAGUUGCGCUGUCUAAUCGUCGAUGUUUGCUAGCGGACGCCCAUGAGAGCAGUCGUGUGAACGGGAUCGAAGUACUAGUGUCAAAACAUUGUCGUGUUUGUGUAAUGAGUGUUGGUGUGUUGUGACGCGGUGGUGGCGGGCCCAGGCGAGAUGCGGCGCGGCAGCGGCGGCGGCGGCUGCGGCUGGGGCGGCGGUGGCAUGUUUGGGCGCUGGUCGCUGCGCCGCCUGCUGCUGGACAGCCCACUUGUGGGCAGGCGACUGGCUCAUACAGUAUUGGAUCAAGCAGACACGCGGCCGGUGAAGCUGAGCGCCGUCGAGCAGUCGCAGAACAGACAGCAGACCACCAUAGAGUUCAUCGCUGAGGACGAAGAGGGCGAUGUACUGGAGUGUCCGCUAUGCCUGCUCGUGUUCAGCGCCAACAGCAUGGUGCGGCUGGCGUGGUGCGCGCACCGCUGCUGCGAGCCCUGCAUGCGCCAGUACCUCGCCAUCGAGAUCUUCGAGGCGCGCGUGCCCGUCAGCUGCCCCGCUUGCCAGGAGAACAUCCACCCGCUAGACGUCCGGCGCAUCGUGGAUAACCCGGUGUUGUACGACAAGUACGAGGAGUUCUCGGUGCGGCGCGCGCUGGCGGCCGACCCCGACACGCGGUGGUGUCCCGCGCCCGACUGCAGUUUCGCGGUGGUGGCGACGGGGUGUGCGUCUUGCCCGAAGUUGACGUGCCUGGCUCCCGGCUGCGGCGCGUCGUUCUGCUACCACUGCAAGGCGGCGUGGCACCCCACGCAGACGUGUGACGCGGCGCGCCGCUCCCGCGCACCCCCGCCCCGCGCGCCGCAGCCGGCGCACCAAGACUCUGACACUGGUGAAGUGAAGCCGUGCCCGCGCUGCGCCGUGCUGAUCGUGAAGGUGGAGGACGGCUCCUGCAAUCACAUGGUGUGCUGCGUGUGCGGCGCAGAGUUCUGUUGGCUCUGCAUGAAGGAGGUCUCCGACCUGCACUACCUUAGUCCAAGCGGCUGCACAUUCUGGGGCAAGAAGCCGUGGUCGCGCAAGAAGAAGCUGCUGUGGCAGCUGGGCACGCUGGCGGGCGCGCCGCUGGGCAUCGCCGUGGUGGCGGGCGUGGCGCUGCCCGCGCUGCUGGUGGGGCUGCCGCUGUGGGCCGGCCGCCGCGCGCACCGCCGCCUGCGCCGCGCCACGGUCGCGCGCCGCACCGCCGCCGUCGCCGCCGCCGUCGCCGCUGCGCUGCUGGUGUCGCCGAUCGUGGCGGGGCUGGCGGUGGGCAUCGGCGUGCCCAUCCUGCUGUUCUACGUGUACGGCGUCGUGCCCGUGUCGCUGUGCCGCGCCGGCGGCUGCGCGCGCCGCCCCGAGCCCGACGCCGUCUCCAGGCACAUCGACCCCAGCAUCGGCGACGCGUCGCUAUCGGCCGGAUCGGCGGCGGUCGAGCUCCGGGCGCCGUCGCUGGCCGCGCUCGCGGGCUCGCUGGCGCACGAGCCCCACGAGCCGGAGCCGGAGCCCGAGCCGCAGAGGCUGGAGGUGACCGCCGACGUGACGGCCGACGUCGUCGCGAGCGCCAGCUGGCCCGACGACCUGCCCUCCACGUCGUCGCGCUCGGCGCGGCUCAAGAGCCUGUUCCUGUACGGGUCGGCGGCGCCGCCCGACCCCGAGGCGCCGGUGCCGGUGCCGGGGGCCACCGCGCCCGCGCCCGCGCCCGCGCCGGCCGAGCUGAGCGCGGCGUGCGAGACGCGGCUGGUGCGCGUGGCGCCGCCGCACGACUCGUAACGAACGCGCGCCCCGCACUGAUCCUCGAGUGACCGACCUCGCCCCGAGUUCCCGGCGACCGAGUUUCUCGUUUGAUUUAAUACCGUCGCGUUACCGUGCGGAGGACCCGGCGCUCGGAUUAAACGGACUCUUACGUGAUGUAGAUUUAAGUGAAAUUUAGUGUGAGCGGUGACGAGACGGACUCGCAGUGUGAGUGAAGUGCGCGGAGUCGCCGAGUCCGGGAUUGUUGUGACUCGUUAAAGUUGCUAUUUUUAUCGACGCGUAGUCCGUGUUAAAUAGGUUUUGUCCCGACAUCGAAUAGCGGAGGUAUUAAAUAUUGGUGCUUUACACGCCACUCUGCUAAACGACCAGAAUUAUUGUAUGAUACGUAGAACUAAAUCCGCCGAAAAGCGUCCCAUAUUGAUCCUUUUCUUGGAGCUUAGUUUUCGAUCCCGUCUUAGGUAUCGCGUUGGUAAAAAUGUACAUUUCACAACAUUACUGGUACACAAUGGUUUGGCGAAAGAUUGUUUGAGGUGCAUGGCACAACUGAUUAUCGAUGUACCUCGUCAGAUACGCUAGUGAGCCCGCGAGGCGGCUCGGCCGAGCCGGUCCAG